AUGAACAUCUCAAUCAAGGAGAGCCUAGAACACGUUUGCAAAGUGUUCAAUUUCUAUGGCAUAGAUUACAUAACGGCGGAUUUGCUUAGAAGAGGAAAAUGCGAAAGAAAUGGGAAAAAAAAAAAGAAGGUAAUUACUUGUUACAACUUCCUCAUUAAUGAUUUGUGCCUACUCUACUGCUUCAGCUUUAAGAGGAAGUUCAAACCGACCUACAGCGCGUACGUAGAGAAGGAGAUUUCCAGGGUGGAACAGGAGUUGUUCUCCGGGGGGAAAGACGCUUCGGGGGGUACCACACCGGGGAGAACCCCCUCAGGUGCAGACGCUUCACGUGGGAGAGGCGACGUGGGAAGCACCCCCCGGGGAGGAGAACGCACCUACGGGAGUGAUGCAGGAGAAACAGACGACACGGAUGAUGAUGAUGAUGACGACGGAGGAGACAACUUUGUGGAGGAACUAGGAAUGGACAAUGCCCCUUACGUGGACCACCUGAACAUCGUGUCUCCCAUGGCGGUGCUGCUACUUGAGCAUUUUGAGUACCCCAGACUGUUUCACCUCCUCAAAUGCCAUUUUCAAAUGUGUAAGGAGCUGCUCCUAUGCAUUGGGUUCCUAAUUGACUGCACCAAAUUGUUUGAGCAUUAUGAUGCGCGGCAGCCGUUUUAUGAGUCCUUCUUUCGGGAACUCAGAUGCGCUGGCAACCCAGGGGGGGGUCGAAGCGCCUCCACCAGACAGAGAACCAACCGGAUGCAGGAAAAGACGCUCGACAAGACAAACGAAGAAGGUGAAGAAGAGGGAGAAGAUUACUUUCACGUAAUAAAUGAAGCCAUGCUGCUGCUUUCGAAUCGGCCCUACGAUUUGGAGCUCUUCCAGUAUAGACACAUGUAUAAGUUUUUGCAUGAGCGGGGGGGUAGUACCCGCGGGGUAGGAGACAAUCAGAUGAGGGGACCUGAACACAGCGAAAGUGAGCAUUUAAAGAGGAGGAGCACCGCGAUGACUUCGCAAAUGGCUGCAAAGCGGGGGAGCGACCCCGAGGGGUGGAGCUCACCCAACGGGGAGGCAGCCCCCACGGAAGAGGAACUCACUUUGGAGGAGUAUGUAUCCUACGACUACGCAACGUAUCAAGAGAAUUUCAUCAAACGGUAUGGACGCAGUUCCGGAGGGGUGGAAGACCUCACGAGGAGGGGAAGUUCAACAGAAUGUGCUUCCAACCGAAGCAGCCCAAGUGACGACUUGCGCGUCGUCGCCGAUGAUGAUGUUGAGAUGUACAUCCCUCAGCUGACGAGAAAUAUUAAUACACAUUGCAGUCAGUUGAUACAAUUGCAAAGGAAAAUAACUCAGCGUAUGAACCAUAUGAAGCACUUGGAUGUGAAUAGACUCCUCCUGUUUCACAAAUUCAACGCGCUGGUGAGUACCUACAUGGAGCCACACAAUGCCGUCGUUAACGUUGCAGACGUGGAAGACCUAAGCAACUCCACUCAAGGGAAGAAGUGCCCCGAGAGGACCAGAGCAAUGGGCAGUAAAAACAAAAGAGUGAACCUCAUGCAUAAUGCCAUGUUCACUGUGCAUGUCGAUUUUGAAAGGGAUAGAGAAAAUGUGAGGAAUAAAUUAUGCGGGCUUGAAACGGGAGCAAACAAAGCGAAUGCAUUUCCUAGAAACGGAAGCGGCUUUGCAGGAGGGGGGGCAUCCCCCCGUCGUGGCGGGCACCCCCUAAACGGGAGCAACUACGUAGAGGAAGAACCACUUGACGAUGUGAACUACGAACAAGUGCUAAGCGACAAAGUGACCCUUAAUGAGUUUUUCCUUCUAAACGAUCCGCCACUGUACAAUCGAGUCUGCCAUGUGUAUAAAAACGGGGUGAAUCUUUUCCACGUGGAGCAACUACGCGCUGUCUUUUGGUUGUGGCUUCAGUCAAUCUUCCCAGACGGUGCUGCGGGGGAGGAAGAGGCGGAAAGCGACGAUGCCUCUGCCAGUGGAGACCCAGGGGGGGCAUCCGCCCCCGUCGACCUCUUCGACCUGAACAACCAUAAGUUCUUUUACGACAACGUCGUGCCGCCCGCCGAGCGGGGGACCCUCUCCAUCCACGUGCUAAGCGACCUGAACAAUUUCGAGCAGAACUUCAAACUGCUGAAGGAGUACCUCCUGGACAAGGGGUGCACGAGCGGGUACAACAAGGUGGCGGCCAAGGCUGGGGGCAAAACAGCAGACUCCACAAACCAACUUAGCAGAAUGACCAAAUACGUAAACGACCUGCAUGAGGAAUUCGUUGCGUACUGUACCUAUAAGAAGAAGGCAAAGGACGUGAGCGACGAAAUGUUCGUUAGCUUUCUCGAGACAAAGAAAAACAGCAUGACCAUCAGCUCCAGCGUCGAGAAGGAGGACUACACCAACCUGGCCAGCAUCGUCAACAGGCACCUCAUCGGCAUAGAUAAAAUUCUAAGCUAUAACCCCAUUUUGAAUUUCACCAACGUGGUUGAGGGGAUUAAGAGCCAGAGCUUCAUUCGGACGGAAGUGGAUGUCUCCCGGGUGGACUCCCAAGACUGGCAAGAUAUGUACGCCUUCCACAGAAGAAAGCGCGGGGAACGCAGCCCCCCCGGGGAGGUCAGCAGCAAUAAAACCGACCACCUCCCCACCAGCCACUCAGUCAGCCACGCAAUCAACUUCACGACGAACUCGAGUUACAAAAUAAAUGCAAAGCCGAAGACCUACGCGUCCUCCGUCUUUAGCUACUCAGAUCAGUUCAUUUCCAAUAACGACAUUUAUACCUUCUCCGAAAACGUUUGCAAUUCGGGGAGGGAGUUUGCCGCGUUUGUCCGGGGGAAGAGGGAGAAGUGCAGGCACAACUUCCACCACGCCCUGCGCAAGGUGGAGCGCUACAUGGGCUGCGUCGCCUACAACCUGUAGACUUGCUGCGCAAGCGGCGUGAGCGGCAGGGAAGCGGCGGCAAAGUGGGUUGGCAGCGAAGCGAAUGGGUUGGGGAAUAAUGGGGAAAGUUUUGAGAAGAACUUGGGGACAAUUGUCCACCAUUUGGCCAAUUAUUUGCCCAUCAAUUUGGCCAUCAUUUGGUCAUCAUUUUGCCAAUUAUUUGCCCAUCAUUUGGCCACAUUUUCCCAUCACAUUUCCUGUGGCCUACCCGCGAUGACCCUGUCGUUUAAGCGGCUUUUCCCCGUUUAUUUUCCGCAACAUUUUGGCCUCUUCUGUUCGCCCGUUUAUUUUGCCUUUUUUUUUUUGCCUGUUCUGUUC